AUGUGCCAUAAUCCGCUGUCUAAUAUGGUGGUCGGUUUGGGUCGCUCGCUGCCCAAAGAGCUACCACAUCUCACUCUGCAAUUUCUUGACACGGACGGCGUAGCUGAGAUCUCACCAGCAGUCGUUGCCACGACCCUCCUUCGUCUCGCCAUUUCUGGUCGAUCAGAUCUUGCAGGGCGCAACGUGUUCUACGCGAACGAGCCAGAGUUGAAGCUCGAGACAGGUAAGGUCCUCAUACCGAGGAUCGUCCCAGACGUGGCCAUGAACGAGAGGUUCAACUCGACCCGUCGCAGUAUUACGCAGCAAUCAUGUGUUGGCGAGGAGGAUCAUGGAGAUUGUGCCUAA